GGCCGCUGGGGCGAGACUGACCUGGACCCAGGAGUUCCGCUGGGCCUAGCGGCGAGGAAAACGGGCAAUUUUGAAGCAUUUAGUGGCAGAAGGGGUAAGAGACGGCUGCUGAAGCCUCUGCUAUAUUCAGUGGACCUUGAGGUCCACCAGAUUUCCACAAUGAACAAUGAAAAGAAAUUGUGAAAGAAGAAAGCGCUUCCCUCAAGCCGGAAACUUCAAUGGACUACCGAGUCACGUGGUGCACACGCGCCAGAGGCCCACGAUGAAGAAAUAAAAAUGCGGACUUCCUUAUCCUGGCAUUUAAAACCGGCCUUGGUGAGCCUGGGACGCCAUUUUCCGUAUCUUUCUCUUCUGCUUUUCCCGCUAGCGUGGUCUCCGCAUCCUCUGCGAUAGCUCCGGUUUUUGCCUCUUUAGCCGCGACUUCCGCCCAUGUCCAAGAUGGCGACUGGGCGGCCUUCCUAACCUGUACGGGGCUUAUCGGCGUCUGACGUCUGAACUGGUAGGGGUGGAGCGGUUAGUAAACAGCAAAUGCAGGCGCUGCUGCGUGGGAGUCGGCCAUGGACUGGAAAGAAGUUCUUCGCCGGCGCUUAGCGACGCCCAACACGGGUCCAAACAAAAAAAAAAGUGAACAAGAAUUAAAAGAUGAAGAAAUGGAUUUAUUUACCAAAUACUAUUCACAAUGGAAAGGAGGAAGAAAAAACACAAAUGAAUUCUAUAAGACUAUUCCCCGGUUUUAUUAUAGGCUGCCAGCUGAAGAUGAAGUCUUACUACAGAAAUUAAGAGAAGAAUCCAGAGCCGUCUUUCUACAAAGGAAAAGCAGAGAACUGUUAGAUAAUGAAGAAUUACAGAACUUAUGGUUUCUGCUGGACAAACACCAGACACCACCUAUGAUUGGAGAGGAAGCAAUGAUCAAUUAUGAAAAUUUUUUGAAGGUUGGUGAAAAGGCUGGACCAAAGUGCAAGCAGUUUUUCACAGCAAAAGUGUUUGCUAAACUCCUUCAUACAGAUUCGUAUGGAAGAAUUUCCAUCAUGCAGUUCUUUAAUUAUGUCAUGAGAAAAGUUUGGCUUCAUCAAACAAGAAUAGGACUCAGUUUAUAUGAUGUUGCUGGGCAAGGGUACCUUCGGGAAUCUGAUUUAGAAAACUACAUAUUGGAACUUAUCCCUACUUUGCCACAAUUAGAUGGCCUGGAAAAAUCCUUUUACUCCUUUUAUGUUUGUACAGCAGUUAGGAAGUUCUUCUUCUUUUUAGACCCUCUAAGAACAGGGAAAAUAAAAAUUCAAGAUAUUUUAGCAUGCAGCUUCCUAGAUGAUUUAUUGGAGCUAAGGGAUGAGGAACUGUCCAAGGAGAGUCAAGAAACAAAUUGGUUUUCUGCUCCUUCUGCCCUAAGGGUUUAUGGCCAGUAUUUGAAUCUCGAUAAGGAUCACAAUGGCAUGCUAAGUAAAGAAGAACUCUCCCGCUAUGGAACAGCAACUAUGACCAGUGUUUUCCUAGACCGUGUUUUCCAGGAGUGUCUCACUUAUGAUGGAGAAAUGGACUACAAAACCUACUUGGACUUUGUUCUUGCAUUAGAAAACAGAAAGGAACCUGCAGCUCUGCAAUAUAUUUUCAAACUGCUUGAUAUUGAGAACAAAGGAUAUCUGAAUGUCUUUUCCCUUAAUUAUUUCUUUAGGGCCAUACAGGAACUAAUGAAAAUCCAUGGACAAGAUCCUGUUUCAUUUCAAGACGUAAAGGACGAAAUCUUUGACAUGGUAAAACCAAAGGACCCUUUGAAAAUCUCUCUUCAGGAUUUAAUCAACAGUAAUCAAGGAGACACAGUCACCACCAUUCUAAUUGAUCUGAAUGGCUUCUGGACUUACGAGAACAGGGAAGCUCUUGUUGCAAAUGACAAUGAAAACUCUGGAGACCUUGAUGAUACAUGAUCUCUGAAAGACUAGACUGUCCUCUUUAAGAUAUGCUUGGAUGCCACAUGUAUAACCUUUGAAGCAGAAUCCUUAGAAAUGGUCUAAAUAAAACAUUUCAUAUAGAGAACACA